GUCGCGGCUUAAUCCUGUUGGAGGCCCAGGGGUUAAGCCUAGAAUCUAAUCAAUAAACAAAGGAGCGGGUUUAGGGUACAGACUCCGGGAUGCUGGCCCUUCAGUACUUAUGUCUGCAUUGAGAGUCCUCAGUGACCACGUGCAGGGCUGGUGGGCGUGUCCCCGGGUUGCUCCUCCCUCCGGCGCCCGGCGGGCUAAGCCCAGUGGAAGCUCAUUGGCUCAGCGGGAUAGAUGACCGGUCCUGGAGCCAAUGGGAGGCUUGGCGGCAGAGGGGCCCGCCUACUACGGCUGCUUCCGGUCGGGCUGCAGCCUUGCAAGCGUGAGGGAGACUGGGUGGCGGGGUACUCCCGCCCGCUGGCCGCUACUCGCCACCCCUUCGUCUCGGCUCCUGAGGAGGGUCCCCUGAGGGCUUCUAGUCUGUGCUCCGCGGGGGCGGGGGCCGGGCCCUCUGGUCCGCCUCUGCCGCGGAACCACGCCCACCGGAGGUUCGUCCGCUUAGCAGCUUGGGCCGCAGUGGCUCACCGUAGGCCUCGGGACCGGCUCCACGGGACCUGGGCUGGGCAGGCCGCGGCGGGACCGCAGGCACCGAGGUCCAGCCAAGGGCCGUCCGCGAGGUUCCAGUCUCGUCGCAGGCCCAACCGGCUGGCGGCCGGCAGAGGGCGCCCGAGGCCAUGGCCGAGGAGCGCCCCGGGUCCUGGUUCGGCUUCGGUUUCUGCGGCUUCGGGCAGGCGCUGGGCUCGGGCCGCGGGCGCCAGGUGCUCAGCCCCGAGCCGCUGCGCUUGCCGGACGCGGGCACCGACAUCUGCGGCGUGAGCGCCGCCUGGAGCUACACCGCGUUCGUGAGCCGUGCGGGCCGGGUGCUGCUGUCGGGCUCCGCGGGCGGCGCGGCGGACGGCUGCCGGGACGCGUGGGCCUCGGAGACGCUGCUCGUGGUGCUGCGCGACGGGCGGGGACCCGGGCCCGGGGCCGAGCUGCAGGCCUGGGCGCCCGGCUCGGCGCUGCGCGGGGAGCCCCUCUGGGCCCAGACGGUGGCGCCGGAGGCCGGGCGGGAAGACGGAGCGGGCGGUGGAACCCGGGCCGGGCCGCUGCCCCUGCUGCCCUGCGCUCGCGCCUACGUGAGCCCGCGGCCGCCCCUCUACCGGCCUCUGGCCCCGGAGCUGCGGGCGCGUCGGCUGGAGCUGGGCGCGGAGCACGCGCUGCUGCUGGACGAGGCGGGCCAGGUGUACUCCUGGGGCGGGGGCAGGCACGGGCAGCUGGGCCACGGGACCCUGGAGGCGGAGCUGGCGCCCAGGCUGCUGGAGGCGCUGCAGGGCCUGCGCAUGGCCGAGGUGGCCGCGGGCGGCUGGCACUCCGUGUGUGUGAGCGAGAUGGGGGACAUCUACAUCUGGGGCUGGAACGAGUCGGGGCAGCUGGCCCUGCCCGCCAGGGGGCUGGCGGAGGACGGACAGACAGUCGCAGGGGAAGCCACUGCACUGAAGGAAGACGGUUCUGGGGUGAAGGGACCAGCGGGGACUGAGGAGGGAGCCGCCGCCCCCUUCAUCGCCGUGCAGCCCUUCCCCGCGUUACUGGAUCUGCCCCUGGGCUCGGACGCGGUCACGGCCAGCUGCGGGUCCCGGCACACGGCCGUGGUGACGAGGACCGGGGAGCUCUACACCUGGGGCUGGGGGAAGUACGGACAGCUCGGCCACCAGGACACCGCCAGCUGGGACCGGCCCCGCCGGGUGCAAUACUUUGUGGAUAAGCGGCUCCAAGUAACGGCGGUGCGCUGUGGGCCCUGGAACACCUACGUGCGCGCAGUGGAGCAGAGCUGAUGUACGUAGACGAGGGCAUGGGACGAGUGCCCAGCACAGUGGAGUUACACAGCCGCCACCUGUGAGGCCCCCCAGGGCCAGGAGCGCCACGGAGGCCCCCGGGGCCCCGCCUCUGCCCAUCAAGGCCUUUCGGCGGCUUCCCCUUAGACCAGCGUUCUCAUCUUGGUCCUCGGGUUGGAAACACCUAGAGAGGUUUGGAAACGGGUGCCCAGGGCCAGCAUCAGAGGCCCUGACAUCAGCCCGGCCGGUGUGGCUCAGUGGUUAAGUGUUGACCUCUGAAUCAGGAGGUCACGGUUCGAUUCCAGUCAGGGCGCGUGCCCAGGUUGCGGGCUCGAUCCCCAGUGCGGGGCGUGCGGGAGGCAGC